AUGAUUACUCUCACAGCUUCUAAAUUCAUCUGCAUCUUAUUUAACAAAGAUUCCUCUGUGGAGGCUCUAGAAGAACGAUUUCCAUUCCUUGUUAUCGUCAAAGUGACCACCUUCAGUAACGAAAAAUAUUGGUGCAACGGAGUUAUCAUUAAAGAAGACUGUGUAUUAACGAGUGCCAACUGUGUCUCAGGAGCAUUUCGUCUAGCAUCCAAAGUUACUCUAAGUAGUCUUUCACUUGAAGGUAGUGAUAAAAAUGGGCGGACGAUUUCUUUUCAUGAUAUUUAUCUUCACCCCAACUACGACCCGGUGACUGGUGAGAAUGACUUAGCAAUUGUAAGAUUAAAUGAAACAGUAAGUUCUGAAAAAUUAAUUGGAAUCGUGUCUGAAGUUACAAACACACAAAAGAACUGUGAUGUUGGGAGUCCUUUAUUGGUUGGAUAUCAUCGUAUUCAUAAGGGCCUCAAUAUUAUGGAUUCAUUUGAUGUUCACAUUAUGAGCGAGUCUCAAGACAACAACAAUUGUGAGCAGAUGUUACAUGAAACUCAACUCGAUGUUGUAUUGCGUGAUUCAGAACUUUGUAUAACGAAUGACGAAGGAAAGCAGGUUUAUAUUACUGACAUAUUGGUGCAAAAACAAUGUGGCAAGUACAUGUUGAUUGGACUGGUGACUCACAAUAAUAUUGUCACACGGGCUGGCUACUACAUGAAUUGGAUCAACCGAUGGAUAAAACCAAUUUCAACUAUUACAUCGUUUUGA